GUGGAAUGAUGGGAGUGAGGCUCAAAGCUCAAACGCAUUCCUUUACUUCAAUUGGCCUAUAUUCUAACCCAAAGGAAGACCCAAUCAAACUCAUUGUGGAUCUGCGCUCUUCCAGCAGCGGCUCUGUGGAGUUGAAGAAGAAGCUGGAGCAGUCCGGCGUGGCAGCCUCACCGGAGCUGGUGGUGGAGAUUCUUUCGCGUUUUCGCAACGACUGGGAAUCAGCCUUCACCUUCUUCCUCUGGGCAGGAAAGCAGCAGCCGCAUUCGGCGCGUGAGUACCACUCGAUGAUCUCCAUUCUCGGCAAGAUGAGAAAGUUCGACACUGCCUGGGCGCUGAUCGACGAAAUGCGUACCUGUGCUGCUUCAGGUUUGGAUUCGGAUUGUUCUUCUUCUCUUGUUACCCCUCAAACUCUACUACUCAUGAUUCGAAAAUACUCGUGUGCUCAUGAUGUUGGGAAGGCCAUUCACACUUUUUACGCUUAUAAGCGGUUUGCUUUCGAAGCUGGCAUGGACGACUUCCACGGGCUUCUCUCUGCUCUCUGCCGCUACAAGAAUGUCCCUGAAGCUGAGCACUUACUUUUCUGCAACGCACAUGUCUUCCCAUUCAACACCAAGAGCUUUAACAUUAUCCUCAACGGUUGGGCUAACAUCAUCGGUAGUCCUCGCAAUGCCGAAAGAAUUUGGGCUGAGAUGACCAACCGAGGCGUCCCGCACGAUGCCAUCUCCUAUUCAUGCCUCAUUUCUUGCCAUUCCAAAUCCUCCAAUCUCACCAAGGUGCUCACCAUCUUCCGCCGCAUGAAGAAAUUGAAUGUUGAGCCUGACACUAAGGUUUACAACGCCCUCAUUUAUGCUCUUGGAAAAGCCGGCCACCUCAGUGAAGCUACCAAUCUCAUGAAAACCAUGCAGGAAAAGGGCCUUGCGCCUACCAUUGUCACUUACAACUCCCUCAUCAAGACUCUCUGCAAGGCCGGGGAAAUUGAUCAAGCUAAACACAUCCUACAUCAAAUGAUGGAGCAAAGAGGCCUUGUUCCAACAAUUCAGACUUACCAUCCCUUCUUCCGUGUUGUAACAACCGGAGACCAAGUGUUUGAGCUUUUGGAAAAGAUGAGAAGCACCGGUUGCUCUCCAAAUACUGAUACAUAUAUAAUGCUGAUUAGGAAAUUCUGUCGAUGGCGCCAACUUGAUAAUGUGUUCAAGUUGUGGAGUGAGAUGAGUGAGAAUGGAGCCGGUCCUGAUCGUAGCUCAUAUAUUGUGCUCAUACAUGGACUCUUUCUGAAUAGGAAAUUGGAGGAAGCCCACAAAUAUUAUACAGAGAUGAUAGAUAAACACUAUUUGCCAGAACCGAGGACAGAAGAGAUGCUUCAGGCUUGGUUCUCUGGUAAGCAGCAUACUUCCAAGUUCCAAACAACAGAUGGAGAAGUUGAUCCAGUGGAUCGUACUCAGCCAGCUACGAAUACUAAACUUGUAAUCUACAAGAAAUCUCCUCAGGAAAAAGAUUUCCGUCAGCAACCUGAAAGUAGGAAAGUUGUAAGAGCAAGGGGUUUUUCGUUUUGGGAUCAGUAGAUUUCAUUGCAAUGAGAGAUCUCAGCAGGGCAUGGUUGGUCAGCAACCUUGAGCAUCAGAUUUCCAUGAGCUUAUAAAGGUGAUAGUUGGUGACUGAUAUUCUAUAUCAGAGUUUUGUACCAUCUCAUCAGAGGUCACUGAAUUUUGUAGCAGAGAGAGAAUAGCAGUUGUUCAGCAACAUCAACCAUCGCAGCAGCGCGCGGGCAAUCUUUCUAGUAGGAUAGUAUACGAGUAGUAUUGAUCCUAACCUAAUCUUGAUUAAUGGGGUUAGUACGUGUAGGU